GAGUUAUUAUAUAUCACAGUCCGUGAUCAGUAACUCCUCUCCAACUACAGACAUAGCCAUCUCUUAAAUGCACUGCCCUGACUCAUAAAACCAACCACCACCACUACCAUUACUACUUCUGCCCAAGAAAUGAGAUAAAAGCUCCAUAAAACAGUGAAAUUCUUACUAGUUUCUUUCUUCUUUCACACUGUCUAGCUAUAUUGCAAAAUCCAGAAACUAGUAUCUUUUAUUCUUCCAUUUCUCACUAUCUCAUCUUGAUUUCCAGAGAAUGACUGGGAAUCUAGUGAAAUGGUUGAUGUUACUAUGUCUAACAUGUUAUCUAACUACUACUACAACCAUUUCUGUGUCUACACCAAAUUCAUCUAUGAAGAAAACAUAUAUUGUUCAUAUGGACAAGGCUGAACUACCAGAAACUUUCACUGAUCAUCACCAAUGGUACUCAACUAUGGUUAAUUCGGUAGCUGAUAAACUCAAAACACAAGAUGAAGCAACUGAAGAAGAAGAUGGUGAAGAGAGGAUAAUCUAUACUUACCAAACUGCUCUCCAUGGUUUUGCAGCAACACUCAGUGAAGUAGAAGCAAAGAAACUUGAGGGUAAAAAUGGUGUAGUUGCUGUGCUUCCAGAAACUGUUUAUCAACUUCAUACAACAAGAAGUCCUGAGUUUUUAGGGCUUCAUCCUGAAGAUAGCACAAGUGUAUGGUCUGAGAGUCUUUCUGAUCAUGAUGUUGUUGUUGGAGUACUUGAUACCGGUAUAUGGCCGGAGAGUCAAAGCUUCAAUGACACUGGAUUGACUCCUGUUCCUUCUCACUGGAAGGGAAUAUGUGAAACAGGUAGAGGAUUCACUAAACUGAAUUGCAACAGAAAAAUUGUCGGUGCUCGGGUAUUUUACCGUGGAUAUGAAGCUGCUACUGGAAAAAUCAAUGAGCAAGAUGAAUAUAAAUCACCAAGGGAUCAAGAUGGACAUGGCACUCAUACAGCAGCUACAGUUGCUGGAUUUCCUGUAAGAGGUGCAAAUCUUCUGGGUUAUGCUUCUGGAACUGCUCGCGGAAUGGCUCCGGGAGCUAGAGUUGCAGCUUAUAAGGUUUGCUGGGCUGGUGGAUGUUUCAGUUCCGAUAUUUUAUCUGCAGUUGAUCAAGCUGUAGCUGACGGAGUUAAUGUGUUGUCUAUCUCACUUGGUGGUGGAAUUUCUUCUUAUUAUCGUGAUAGUUUAUCAAUUGCUGCUUUUGGAGCUAUGGAGAGUGGCGUAUUUGUUUCUUGUUCAGCUGGAAAUGGAGGACCAGAUCCAGUGAGCCUUACAAAUGUAUCUCCAUGGAUUACCACAGUUGGAGCUAGUACCAUGGACAGGGAUUUUCCAGCUACGGUUAAGUUAGGAAACCGUCAGAUUCUUUCUGGAGUGUCCCUAUACAGAGGAAGAAUGAAUCUAUCACUAAGAAAACAGUACCCAUUAGUUUACAUGGGCAGUAACUCAAGCAGCCCUGACCCUAGCUCUUUAUGUCUUGAGGGAACUCUAAAUCCAAAAGCUGUCGCUGGGAAGAUCGUAAUCUGUGACCGUGGAAUCAGCCCAAGAGUGCAAAAAGGGCAGGUGGUGAAAGAUGCAGGUGGAAUUGGGAUGAUAUUAGCUAACACUGCAUCAAGUGGAGAGGAGCUUGUUGCUGACUGUCACCUUCUUCCAGCACUCUCAGUUGGAGAAAUUGCCGGGAAAGCAAUAAAGAGCUAUGCUCUCAGAAAUUCAAAACCAACAGCUACUCUAGCCUUCCUGGGAACCAAGUUAGGUGUCCGACCUUCUCCUAUUGUGGCAUCAUUUUCAUCCAGGGGACCCAACUUUCUUACAUUGGAAAUUCUGAAACCGGACGUGAUUGCACCUGGCGUUAACAUUCUUGCAGCAUGGACAGGGAAAGCUGGUCCUUCUGGUUUGCCGACUGAUCACAGGAGAGUGAACUUCAACAUCUUGUCUGGGACUUCCAUGUCCUGCCCACAUGUAAGUGGAGUUGCAGCUUUGCUCAAAGCUAGACACCCUGAAUGGAGUCCAGCAGCAAUCAAAUCAGCCCUCAUGACCACAGCUUAUGUUCAUGAUAACACCCAUAACCCUUUGAGAGAUAACUCAGACGCAGCACCUUCAACACCCUUUGAUCAUGGAGCAGGUCACAUUAAUCCUUCAAGAGCUCUCGAUCCUGGCCUUGUUUACGACUUAGGUCCACAAGAUUAUUUCGAAUUCCUUUGCACACAAAUGCUUACCCCACCACAGCUGAAAGCUUUCUCCAAAUCUUCAAAUCACUCCUGCCGACAUGCUCUUGCUAACCCUGGGGAUCUAAAUUACCCAGCAUUAUCUGUUGUAUUCCCAGAACAUCCAUCUCUCUCUGUAUUGACUCUGCACAGGACUGUCACCAAUGUUGGUCCUCCCACUUCGAAGUAUGUUUCAAGGGUUUCGCCACUCAAAGGUGUUACUGUCACAGUUCAGCCGAGAACCCUGCAAUUCACAAGCAAAAUACAGAAACUAUCCUACAAGAUCACCUUUACCACAAAAUCUCGACAGCCGCUGCCAGAAUUUGGAGGUUUGGUAUGGAGUGAUGGAGUACAUAAAGUUAGAAGUCCAAUUGUAGUCACAUGGUUAGUACCAAUAUAAGUCAUAUCAUUGGCUUAUAAGUACUUUGAAUGAAAUGUUGUAGGCACUAAACAUGAAAUUUUCCAACUACAAUAAACAAUUGUAUCAGAACGACUUUUUGUAAUCAUUUUAGUUUCUUUUCUGGAGCUCAACUACAACAAGGAGCAUAUUUUAAAGCUUCA